AUGUGUUCAGUUUUGAAAAAGAACAAGGAUUUGUUAUUUCUACAGGUAUUGAUAAAAAACUGGGUGAAUGAUAAGAAACACGAAGAUAUAAUUGGAGUAGAAGCCAAAUUUGGUACCCAACCACCAGCCGAUUCAUCUGAUGCCCUUAAGAGGUCUGCUUUUCUUUCGAAUCCUUUAAAAGGCUGUGCAAGUUCCUCUUCGAAGUUUGUGGAUUCUGUAGUCUUGGCUAUGCGUGGAGAAUGUUCCUACACUGAUAAGGCUAAAGUUGCAGAAUCAAGUGGUGCAGCAGGAUUACUGGUGAUAAAUGAAAAUGAAGAACUUCCUCAAAUGGUGUGCACUGAAAAUGAUACUUCUCUUGACAUCAAAAUUCCUGUUUUGAUGAUAUCAAAGUCAGCAGGGGAGAGUCUUAUGGAUCCUUUGGCUUCUGGAGGACGGGUGGAGGUUCUUCUGUAUUCUCCAGAUAAGCCAAUAGUGGAAGGUUCAGUGGUUUUUUUAUGGAUGAUGGCAGUUGCAACCAUCAUCAUUUCUUCUGUUUGGUCUGGAGCUGAUGCACGCAACCAGGAUCCAUCAGAUCCUGGAUUCAAGAAUGAAGAUGCUGAAGAAAGUGUGGAACUUAAAACAAGUUCAGCUAUAAUUUUUCUUGUAACAGCAUCUGCGGUUCUGUUGCUGCUGUACUUUGUUCUGUCUAAAUACUCUAUAUGGGUGCUGGUUGUGCUCUUCUGCAUUGGGGGUACCACGGGACUUCAUGCUUGCAUAGUAGAACUUAUUUUGAGGCUAUUCAAAGGCUGUGGGGAGUUCAAAGUAGAACUUCCUAUUCUUGGAGAGGCUUCAAUACUGGCUAUCGUGCUCUUUCCUUUCUGUGCAGCACUCGCCAUUUUCUGGGCUGCACAUAAGAAUGCAUCAUAUGCAUGGAUUUGUCAGGAUAUACUUGGCAUGGGCAUGAUGAUGUCAGGAUUAAGGGUGGUUAAGUUACCAAAUAUCAAGGUUGCAGCUGCUCUGCUUUGCGCCGCAUUUUUCUAUGAUAUAUUUUGGGUCUUUAUAUCGCCUUAUAUAUUCCACAAAAGUGUAAUGGUUGAAGUUGCUCGAGGUACCAAAGCUGGUGGUCAAUCCAUUCCGAUGCUUCUGUCAGUUCCUCGAUUUUUUGAUCCCUGGGGUGGUACUGCAAUAGUUGGCUUUGGGGAUGUUAUGAUCCCUGGUCUUCUGAUUGCUUUUACUUACAGAUAUGAUAAAUUGACGCAGAGACUUAAUUUGAAAGGGUAUUUUCUGUGGCUGUUGGUUGGUUAUACAGUUGGUUUCAUCGCUACAUAUCUGGCUUUGUAUCUGAUGAAAGGCAAAGGCCAACCUGCUCUGCUCUACCUGGUCCCUAGCACCUUAGGUUUAAUUGUUAUAUUGGGUCUUGUAAGGAGAGAAAUGAGAACUCUGUGGAGCGGCAUAGAAAUGCCCAGCAAUUCAGAUGAUGAAGAGGCUUGAGCACCAAUUUAGCAAAUAUCUUAUGAGACCGAGACCGUCAAUAUUUUAUCAAACUCUGCUACAAUUUUCAGAUGAAAAUGACCAAAAGCCUGCAGAGCAAGAAAAGAAAGAAAAUAUUUAUAAAGUUAGCUGCAACUAAAUCAAGCCAUAAGUGUAUAUUAGUCGCCCCCUAAAUCCAUAGUGAUGUUUGCAUUGAACUACUCAAGUUUUAUAGCAAUAGGGAUGAUUUUAGCCAUUUUUUAUGAUGAUGUACAAUAUUUAACGUCUACAAAUGCCGAAUAGGGGGGGCAUGUUUAUGUACAUGAUUUUUAAACUAUUCUUUAGC